UCUUAAUAUCCGUAACUGGAACAAUCGCCGGAUUCUUAAUAUCAGUAACUGAAUCUUUACAAUCACCAGAUUCCUAAUAUCAGUAACUGGAACAAUCAUCGGAUUCUUCAUAUCCGUAACUGGAUUUUUACAAUCACCGGAUUCUUAAUCUUCAGAUCUAAAUCCUAUACAUCACCAGGUCCCAGAUCCAAGUGAUCACCUGAUUUAUUAGAAAGUAUUAGUCUUUCUUUAGAUCUUCCAGAGGACAGACACCAGAAGAGCUUUGGACCUUAGUGGAUCAUGGCUUUAAUUAUUCACCUUCUUUCAUGCCUUCUAGGCCUAGGCUCGUGGGUUGCUAUCAAUGGUGUUUGGGUGGAGCUACCAUUAUUGGUACCAUAUGCACCAGAGGGCUGGGAGCUGCCCUCGUACCUUACCCUCCUUAUUCAGUUUGCCAACAUUGGACCCCUGGUGGUUACACUUAUACACAAGUUCCGCCCUGGGUAUCUGCGUGAAGCACCAAUUAUCUUUGUCCUUCUAGGGGUGGGUGUGUUGGCAUGCCUACUCUUGGCCUUCCUGUGGCAAAAAACCAGCUUGGUUGGGGGAACAUACCGAAGCACUGCGCUGCUAGUUCUUAUCUUCUGUCUCUCACUGGUGGAUUGUACUUCAUCUGUUACCUUCCUGCCCUUCAUGACUCGACUCAGACCUGAUUAUCUCACCUCCUAUUUCAUUGGUGAGGGACUGAGUGGCCUCAUGCCAGCUCUGCUAGCCUUAGUCCAGGGUGUAGGUAUGGUGAUCUGUAUGCCAGUCAACAAUACAGAAAUUAAUGGGACACAAUUAAAUAGGAAUUUAACUGCUCUUUACCAGUCGGCACGAUUUCCUGUCUGGGGUUUCUUUCUAUUUUUGACUGGAAUGAUGGCUACCUGUAUGAUUGCCUUCACCAUAUUGAACAUGACGCCCAUAGAUCAGUGUCAGGGGGACCAUGGAGAGACCAUGGGAAGGAGACAAAUAGAUCAAGGCUCUGGGUCAUGGGGUCGGGGUGUGGAGCAGCGGCCGAUGAUGGGGCAUGAUGAGUUUGUGGUGAAGACAGCUAGACGAUGGAAGGGAUUGGGCCGGUAUUCAUGGGGCCAGGUACUCUUCAUCUUUUUAGUCUUGACUUGGGUCAAUGGCUUGACCAAUGCAGUCCUACCAGCCGUGCAGACCUAUUCCUGUAUGCCCUACGGAACUCAGAUCUACCACCUGGCAGCUGCCCUUGCUGCCAUGGCAAACCCACUGGCAUGCGGCAUUGCUAUGUUUCUACCCAACAGGUCGCUAAUUACAAUGGGCAUUCUGACUGCGACUGGCUCGGCCUGUGCCGGUUACAUUAUGAGCAUGGCAGUGCUGAGUCCGUGCCCGCCUCUCCUACAAACGAACAUUGGGGGCACAUUAAUGGUUCUUGGCUGGGUGCUGUUUGUUGGGAUUCUAUCCUACGUUAAAGUCAUCAUCGGGAUAAUUCUUCGGGAUGAAGGACACAGUGCCCUUGUGUGGUGUGGGGCUGUAGUGCAGCUUGGCUCCAUGUUAGGUGCCCUCACUAUGUUUCCCCUUGUUAAUGUCUAUAAUGUUUUUCACUCAGGAAACCCAUGCCACCACAAUUGCCCCUCAUAAACCACAACUACAGCCAGAAAGCACAGCAGAUAAAACACUGUAUCCAGAGGGGCUGUAUUGAGAACCUGGAGGAGUUAUAUGGAGUAAUAGGAGGUGUUAUAGGGAGGGUUAUAUGGAGUAAUAGGAGGAGUUCUAUGGAGUAAUAGGAGAAAAAAAUGUAUUACAUUUUAUUGCACCAAUUACAAAACAGUGCUCAGUGUAUCAAAAACAUUUACAAAAGUUGAAUUAAAAACAAAAUGUCACGUCUAUAUUUUCCCAGUAAUCUGUCAUUCGUUCUUUUACAUAUACAUCUUUUAUAUA